CUCCGUUUAAUCGUCUUCUGGUAUCUGCAGGGUUUUUCUUGUUUCACAAACCUAGACCUAGAAUUCCUCACAAGUCCUUGUCGACGAGAAACCCGCCCCCCCGCAUGCUGUGUGUCCAAAUACAGGACAAACAUUCUCCGACGAAAAGAACCUCCAUCCCGGUCAACAUUCCCACCGGGUAACACGGUAACCCCCCCGAGGCCAAUGACAACAUCCAUGCCAUUCUCCCGGAUGGGCAACCUGCCCGCCGUUAGACGGCAGCAUCUCCUUGCCGAGUUUGCCGGUCUCAAACAGGCAUGUCCAAAUGGCGUCUUCGUCAGUCUCACGCCAGGUGACCCGAAUCUGUGGUCGGGCGUGAUCUUCGUACGCAAAGGUCCAUACGCCAACGCCGUCCUCCGCUUCCAGGUCUCCUUCCCGGACUCGUAUCCGAACCUGCCGCCCCUGGUUACCUUUUCCACAGACAUGUUCCACCCCCUCAUCACGCCUCUUACCACGUACAUGUACAGCACCGACGUCCAGCAUAACGGUACCGUCAGUGCCACCGACGAGGAGCGCCUCCCCCCCGGAGGCUUCAGUCUACGUCAUGGCUUCCCGCACUGGUUUGGUAGGGCCAGUCGGUCCCGUGGGGAGCGUGGUAGUGGCGAUCAACGAGGAAGGCCGCCUGCGUCUCUACAGAUGACGCCCCCACCGGACACUCGCAAGGUCCAGACCGGAAACAGAUCCGAAGAUGGGUCCAAGAAUGGCGGAGAGACGGAAGGGACGCCGGAGUCUACCACCGAAGGCAACGCAGAUGCGGCUUCUGACUGCAGCAGGUCAGCCGCCAGGCGGGACGUUUCAACCUACGAGGUUCUCCGGUACAUCCGUAGCACCUUUGAUGAUGCAAACGUUCUUGACUCAGUCCCACUUGAGGCGGCUGGCAAUCCGGGCGCCUGGCAUGCGUGGCGCACUCAUCGGCGACAACAGGCUGCCAAUGUGACUUCUUCUCCCGCUUCUGUAAAGUCUGAUCCGGACUCGAAUUUGAUCAAAAUAGAUGAGACCAUUACAAGUCCUACACCAAGCGGAAAUGCGGAGACAAGUUCAGCCACAACGACAUCGGCCGCACCAAAGCGUCCUGACGAGUGGAACUGGGACGGUGUUUGGGAAGAGAGGGUCAAGAGAGGUAUCGCGACAAGCUUGUCAGAGCCGGUCUUGUUUGGAAACGCCGGGGCGGCAGAUGAAGUGGUUAGUCAACGACGUUGUGUCAAUUCUCCUAGCUUUGAAAUCAUGGGCUAUUACUAA